ACAGUGUAGAAUAGGCUUCAGGGGCGCACGGGGUAAUCGUCUUCGUGGCCCAGAUAUUGCUUGUGGUUUUACGACAAGAGCGCUUUGCCCUAUAUUGCUAUAACCUAGCUGACACAUUGUCCUGCAGAAUGAUGUAACUAUUCAGUGCCAGCCGUACACACUAUUCUAGACUGAGGCUCGAACCCGCUUGUACCGCCACAGCGAAUUAUUGUGUUUGCUGAUCGGUAGGAAUAUCGCACGAGUAGCUAACAGCCUGCCUAGAACAUAGGUUACUGGAUAGGGGAUCCUGAUCAACGCGAGGUCUCGUCGAGUUGCGGUCUUCUCCCGCAGCCGUGAUCCUGUUUGGUGGUAACUUACUUCCUGUGCAGGUGGCUCAAGUGUAUUCAGUUCUCAGUUCCCAGGUCCACUUCUGCGGGUGUCCACUCAGCCCCCCCCCCUCCCAACCUGCCUUGGGUGACCAGAUAAGGACAGUCUUGUACAGGUCACAGGCACAGCUGUAGUUCGCACUGGUGCCUCCACCCCAGUCAAGCUGAGUAGCUUGAGGACCACUACAAGGACAUGACAUACACUGUGUGUCUCGUUUCCAUGACAUUGAAGUAACCAAUAGCAACGAGGCAUCCUUGGCGCGCACGCACUUCUGCAUGAGACGGUCCACGGAUUGGAUCAGGCGAGUUAGGCAGUAAACCAGCAGAAAUCUGCAGGGGCAACCUGCUGCGCAUCUGAACGCGUCCCUCCAAGAAUGAUCUGUUGUAGAUGACUUGCAAUACCUCAACCAUGGAAUUGACGGUGGAAAAGGCUGAAGCAAGGUACGCAUCAUCACGCAAUUCAGUCAGACUGCUGGCAUUCAUCUGCCUUCUACUACUCGGUCUUGUUCUCUAUCCGCCAUUGCAUUGCAUCACCAUCACCAAGGGAUCACUCCACUUGGCAGCUAACGCCAACUCAGACCUCGGACUGCUGAUUCCGAAUUACGAAGCGAAACCCGGCCGCUUUCUAUACCUGGUCACGAGCGCGGGAGAUCCUGGUGCGUCGUGGAUUGCACUCACACAACAGCCUGGCGUGUAUGCUAUCUUUGCUACGUGGAAGCAUCGAGUCGGUCCGAACAUGACGUCAUCAAGACUGGAAGCGUUCUACUUUCCCAACUCGACGUGGACGGGCAGCAGAAAUUUUCUUUUCUCCAAGGUGGCCGGAUUCGAGCGGCGCAUCAUGAAGCGCAUGCACUUCAUAGUGUUCGCCGAUGAUGACCUUGCUCUGGUUUCGCGCAGCAUUUACAACCCCCGCUUCCAUGUUGCCGACACGUUGGCCGCCACUCUGCAGCUACACGACCUGCUGAUGCGGGACCGACCCGCUCGGGCCGGCGUCGAGUAUGCCGGUACCUGGGAGAACCCGAUCCGCCUGUACUCGACGGAUUGCGUGCGGAGCUGCGCUCUGGACGGAGUGCUGGACGUCUAUCACCGCUCAAUCGUCGAGUAUUUGCUGCCCUAUGAAGAUGCGUGGGAUUCCUCCAGCUGGCACCUAUCCCAGUUUAUCAUGAAUCUCCGCAGUCAGUCUCUGCUGCCGAACGGAUGCAAUCUCUACCGGGAAAUCUUCAUCGACACAGGUGCAAACCGGCACGGAACUUAUCCCACGGACAACAGUCUACUCCAUCGCGUGGCGGAAACAGUUACGGAAUGUUUGGUCGCCAGCGGAUUCCAGCUGGCCCGCGGAGCAUCUCACAUUUCCCACGCGGAAGCCGUGAAGCGUGCUCUGGGGCGGCCCAAACCAGGCCACCCUGCGGUAGGGUGCGCAGCUCAGCCUGUGGAUGUCAACUACGCGUCUAGGCUGGCCAAAGAUCUGCGUCUCUGGCCAAGGAGCUGCUCUGGCUGACCGGCUGCAGGCCAGCCAGAAUUAUGCACGCAUGUCAUUUGUAAAUGCGUGAGGAGCCGUGAGGAGGAGCUUGAGGAUACAUGGCCUUGAGGAUGAGCGUGAGGAUGAAAUAACUUGUCAUUGCUUUGUAAGAUAAUAAUUAAAUUUUGUCCAUUGUACAGCCUCUGCUGCUCAAUGAAAUCCUACUGCGUAAAUCAA